AAACUGGGAACAUCAUCGAAAGAAAUCUAGCUGUAAUUAUUCUUAACAAAUCUAUACAUAAUAACGGUGUCUUUGUGCUGAAUUAAGUUGCACUGGAUGCCAUGUUUUCUAUUAAAAUAUUAUAGCGUUUUUCCUCUGUAGAAGUAACGGUUUAGGUUACGGGAACAGCCGUCGUCCAUUUUUAUUUGUUUUUCGACGAAGGGUUUUGUGGAUGGUUUUAGUGGUUGAGAAAUUUGGUCGUUUGAGGUGAUGUGGAGGAACUGAAAAAUACGCGAGUGUCAUCUUUUGUUAUAAAGCGGAUUUGUUGAUGUUUUUUUUUUUUUACACUGUCACCGUUGCCUAUUUCUGCUGUCAAAUUGGCUUAGCCAACAACAACAACAACAACAACAACAACAACAACAACAACAGCAGCAGCAGCUAACCGUACAGUAGGCUAACUAGCAGUAGCAAGAUAAAUACAAUGUUAUUGCUGAUUGACAGCUAACGAUUACUUGCAUGUGGGGCUUGUAGGAUAGCUGCAUGUCUGGACAUGUAUGUAGGAUGUCGUUGUUGUGAUUGUUUUGCUGACAGACAGGCACUUUGAUGACAUAUGGCUUUGUCAAAGUGACCUCUCACAGUUCAUAUUAAAUUGUCCAUCUGCUAAGUGUUUUGGGGAGUAUAGAAGAGACACCUCUACCAGAAAAAAACAACCACAUAAUACGCUAGAGAAGAAUACAUUUAAAUCUGUAACACUAUAGAAUAUAGUCAUAAGCAUAUUUCCAAGCAGUUUGGUUUCGCAGUGCAGUUUUAGACUCAUCGGGUACAGGUUAUCGACAGAAAGGUGCACUUGUUAGCAGUAGCAUACUGAAGCGAUCAUUAUGAGUGGUCAAGGUCCGUCGGUAGAUAAAGGGAUGAACACCAUCCUGGUGUGUCAGGAGAGCUACGCCUGCGGUGGCUCAGACGAGGCCGCCUUUGAAUGCGACGAGUGCGGCAGCCUGCAGUGCGUCCGCUGCGAACUAGAGCUCCAUCGUCAGGAACGCAUGAGGAACCAUGACCGUGUCCGCAUCGCCCCGGGACACGUUCCAUUCUGUGACUCUUGUAAGGGCGACAGCAGCGGGUGUGGGGUGAACGGGGGCAGGCUGAGGGCGGUGGUGCGCUGCCAGGGCUGUAAAAUCAACCUGUGUCUGGAUUGCCAGAAGCGGACCCAUAGCGGGGUAAACAAGAGGAAGCACCCCGUGACCCCCUACCCUCCUCCCGGUCAAGUCCAGGAUAGUAGCCUGGAGGCUGGGGAUGGAGGGGAGAUGGAGGCCCUCAAGGCAAAACUAGAGAAGGUGUGCAGCUUCUUACUGGUGGAUGCGAAGGAGGAGAUGCAGUUGAAGGAUGAGGAAGACUUUGUGAGCCGGCUGGACUGUAGACCUGAGGAACUCCUCAAGGUCGUGUCUAUCUUCGGGAACACAGGGGAGGGGAAGUCCCACACACUGAACCAUACCUUCUUCCUGGGGCGGGAGGUGUUCCAGACGUCCCCCACUCAGGAGUCAUGCACCGUGGGGGUCUGGGCUGCCAUGGACCCCAUCCACAGAGUGGUGGUGAUCGACACAGAGGGACUGCUGGGGGCAGGAUCCAAUCAGGGCCAGCGCACCCGGCUGCUCCUCAAAGUCCUAGCCGUCUCCGACCUCAUCAUCUACCGUACCCACGCCGACCGUCUCCACGACGACCUGUUCAAGUUCCUAGGCGACGCGUCGGACGCCUAUCUGAAGCACUUCACCAGGGAGCUGAAGGCCACUACGGCCCGGUGUGGCCUGGACGUCCCUCUGUCCACUCUGGGACCAGCUGUUAUUAUCUUCCAUGAGACCGUCCACACCAAGUUACUGGGCUCAGACAACCCAUCAGAGUCUGCAGAGCGUCUGCUUCAGGAGCGUUUCAGAAAGCUGGGUCUUUUCCCCGAGGCCUUCAGCUCCAUCCAGUACCGUGGGACUCGAACCUACAACCCCCCGACAGACUUCAGCGGUCUCCUGCGUAGUCUGGAGCAACAGUUAGAUAACAACACUACCCGCUCACCACGUUCUGCAAACGUCAUAUACAGAGCCCUGCAGGCCCUGAGUGAGCGUUUCAGUGGGGAUAUCCCAGAAGAGCACCUGGCCAGUAACUCUUUCUUCCCUGAUGAAUACUUCACCUGCUCCAGUAUCUGUCUCAGCUGUGGGUCUGGCUGUGUGAACAGUAUGAACCAUCUGAAAGAGGAAGUGGAUCACGAGGCUAAACACCGCUGUCGCUACACUGCUCAAUACGACAACCGCAUCUACACCUGUAAAGCGUGCUAUGAGGGAGGGAAGGAGGUGAUUGUGAUUCCCAAGACGACAGCCUCCUCUGACUCUCCCUGGUUUGGUCUGGCCACGUACGCCUGGUCUGGGUAUGUGAUAGAGUGUCCCAACUGUGGAGUUAUCUACAGAAGUAGGCAGUACUGGUACGGGAACCAGGACCCAGUGGACACAGUGGUCAGGACUGAAAUACAACACAUCUGGCCUGGGUCGGAUGGUUUUCUGAAGGACAACAACAAUGCAGCUCAGAGACUGUUGGACGGUGUGAACUACAUCUCCCAGAGUGUGUCAGAGCUCAGUGUGAAACCUGCCAAAGCUGUCACUUCCUGGCUCACCGACCAGAUUGCCCCGGCCUACUGGAAACCCAACUCUCUCAUCCUGAAAUGUUCUAAGUGCAGUGAGGUGUUCCAGGACAACGAUACUAAGCACCACUGCCGUGCCUGUGGAGAGGGCUUCUGUGACGGCUGCUCCACCAAGAACCGUCCUGUUCCUGAGAGGGGCUGGGGGCUCGCCCCCGUACGGGUCUGUGAUGCCUGCUUCCUGAACCGGAGCGUCUCAGAAGAGCUGCUGGAUGCCGCGUUGGAGGAGGAGGAAGGAGGGACACUCAGUAGGAGAGUAGGAGAGGCUGUUCAGAAUACACUGGGAGCUGUGGUCACCGCUACAUACAUCCCUCUGGGUCUGAUGAAGGAUGCAGCUCGUCCAGCCUACUGGGUUCCAGACCAAGAUAUCCGAUGCUGCUGUGAGUGUCAGAGAGAUUUCUCCGCCCCGCGUCUCUCCAUCCACCACUGCAGGGCCUGCGGCCAGGGCGUGUGUGACGACUGCUCCCCUGAACGCAGAGCGGUGCCCUCUAGGGGUUGGGACCACCCAGUGCGUGUCUGCAACACCUGCCACCAGAAACCUGGGGACCUCUAGUAGGAGAGAGGGAACAUAUUGGCACCCUAUUCAAAAGUAGGGCACUAUAUAUGGACUGGGACGCAACCAGAGAGACAGUUAAGGGUCGUGUUAAUUAGGCUCGAAAUUGAAGAAAAUACUCCAAAACAGGGAGGGACUAUCUGUACUUGUCCAAUAAGAAAGCUGAUUUUUGUUUCCCCCCUGCUUCUAAACUUUUUUUUUUGCUACUACGGUGUGCCCUACUGAACACGACCCAGGUUCCACCUAACGCUGUGGAACUUCCCCCCCCCGUCUCUCUGUGGUUCGGGCCAGGGAGUUCUUGUUAUUCAUUGUGAUGUCAUCCGUCCUAAAGCCUUGGGCGUCACUUUAUCCGAGAGGGAGAGAGUUACGCGUUCCUUGGCUUUAAAGAAGUCCAUUCCACGCUUUAAGAUGAUUCGCCUGAAUAACUACCAAUCUGUAUAAUAAUCUUGGACGCUGGGUGGUUGUAUAUGUGCUUUUAAAACGGCACAGACAGACAAUAAUAGAAUAGCAUUAAUUCCAUAUACACUACCAGUCAAAAGUUUGGACACAACAACUCAUUCAAGGGUUUUUCUUUAUUUUCUACAUUGUAGAAUAGUAGUGAAGACAUCAAAACUAUGAAAUAACACAUAUA